UGUGACCAGGUAAUCAGCUCACCUGCGUGCACUACAAAUAUUUCCUGUGAUUUUACGUCUGCAUAAGUGCUGAGUUCCUGGCGGUUUGAAUACACCACAAAACAAAUACGUGUGGCCUUUCGGGCGGAGCUACGACUCUGUAUAAGAGGGAGGAGAAGGUCCGGUGGGUGGAGGGAGAGUCUUCUGUGGACCUGCUGUGAACCUCUGCUCCUUCAGUCCUGCUCUCUUGCCUCUCUCCUCCCUGGACCUCCGCCCUCCACCCUCCUCCUCCUCCUCUUCCUCCUCCUCCUCCACCGGAACCAGCACCAUGGACAGCUCCGGGCUGCUCCGCGGGCUGCUGUUUGUCGGCCUGCUGUCCGUCCUGUGUGACGGCCAGACGUCCCAGGAAGUCUCCGCCGAGGACUUUGGAGUGGAGAAACCUGAACCAGCAGCAGACAGAGACCUGAUCGAAGCGCUGGAGGCUCUGCUGGGCAGGAUGCACAGUCGCAUUUCCUCCACUGAGAAAAGAGGGAGCAUCCCACUGUGUGGGAUGGGCGACCGCUGUGCCAUGAAGUUCGGGCCUCGCAUCGGGAAGCUCUGCGACUGCGGCAGAGGAGCAAACUGUAACUCCUACCUGCUCAAGUGCAUCUAAAUCCACUGAAGGGUUUUUUUUAUUUUCUUUCUCACAAACACAGCAUCACUUCCGCAGACCCACACGAACCCUGAAUCUCAUCUAACCGUCUUUGAUAUCAUCAUUCAUAUCCGUUAUGUAUUGUUGUCGUUCUGGCAGUUGUCGCCUGAGGAAAAGCAUGGAUUUUGUAUUACUGACAUUAUCGGUUAUAUACUGUAGCAUGUAAAUGUUUCAUGUUCAAUAAACAGAUUUAUCAACAUA